UAUUCAGUUUUACAUAGUUCCUCUUUCAAGGUAUCAGCCUUUGGUAAAAGUAUUUUUGUGUCUAUGUAUAUUAAGUAUGUUUUUCUUCCUUUUCUCUAUUUUUUUGGUAAGUCCAAAUCCAAGGUAAUAGUACAAUAUUUGUACUGGAAACCCAAACCAAACACCCAUUACCAAAUAGCAUUUCUUUAUCUAAGUGUGGAAAAACUUAAAACUUUCUCUUUUUCAUCAUCUUGGGCAACCUAUAUCUGUAAAGUAGCACCAUCUCACAAGAAGCCCACUCAGCCUCCAUUCAGAGAGAGUGAAUACACUUAUUUGAGGAGCGUUAACUAUGACUUGCAUGAAAACAAGAAGUUUAGGAUUCAUACUAACAACAGUUUUUUCUUGAUUCCACCACCGAGUUGUUUUGCAAUGUGCAACAAAUGUAUUCAACUCAUUUACACUUGUGUGAAAAGUAAAUUAGAACAUGGAGCACAAGAUAACGAAGUAGAACAAGUAUCCGUCUUCACAAGUUUAUGUGGCACCUUAAAAUGCAAGCAAUGAGAUAAGCAUUUUAUAAUUUAUUUUUAUUAUUGUCUGAUAAGCUUUUUGAAUCAAUGGCAUGAAUCAAAGCAGAAAUAGCUUGGAGAACUUGUAGAGCAUGAAUAGAGGAACAGCCCUGGUGCCUCAGAAAAUGCCUUUGUAGUUAUCCAGGUGCAAAGAUAAAGGUUACACUCUUGCCUGCAUGUUCUUGCUGGCAAAAUUUGCCAUGAGCAUAACACCACUAACAGAGCUGUCUGCUCUUGCUGACGCACACACCAAGAACAGGCUUUCCAGAUUUAAGUCCCUGUCUCACAGGACAUCUGUUCCAGCUGCUAUGAGAAAUCUUUGAGGUAGGAGUCAGUGGGAUGCUAGAUAGAAUGCUUAUGCUUCCAGGCACAGCUCUACAUCUUUGAGGGAUCUUGUGUAUGGCCAGGCACAAAAGAAGGAACAGUUUCCCUACAAGUUUUUUUUCCUUUUUAUUUAGAAGGUUAGCUCCAGGGACAAAGUGAGUAAAUGGAGAUAUUAGUACCUUACUGUUUGUCAUAGCUCAAUAGCUCAAUAGCUGAGAGCUAAAGGAGAUCCUAUGUAGUUUUUUUUCAGCUUAGGGUGUUUGCAAUUACCUCAUCUUACUAAAAACUGUCUUGAAAGCGAAGGAGGAACAAAGCAUGGUGUCAGAAACUUGUUCCCUUAUUGUAAUAUCUAUACUUUCUUCUACCCUCUUCAGGCAUUCCAACAAUUCCCUAUAGUAUGUAGCUUCACUGCUUUCAAAUCCAUAGGGCUGAUGGAAAAUAACUACCUCAUUAAUGAAUAAUGCAACAGAAAUAGUAAUUUAAUUUUGGAGUUACAUGUAACAUGUGAUCAUUAAUAGGAACUGAAGGCUGAAUUCUGAGCUAUGACAUAAAAGAUGUACUUGUCGUAAGGAAACAUACUGUUCAUUUAAGUUUUGUGAGCAGUAAGGCCCAAUUUAUACUCCUCCUGGGAAAGAAUUUGCCUAAUGAAAGUGAAGGGCGCUGGGUGGUGUCAUGCAGAUUUUAUCAUGCCUGUUUUAGUCUCGGUGUUGCCUGGUAAGUAGCAGGAUUUCUUCUAUCUGUUUUGUGGCACAAAUCAUAAUCCCUUGCCCAGACAUGUCCAUGCAGAAUGCAGAAAUAUCAGUACCACUCUGCCUAGGCAGGCUCAUUUAGCUUGAGUGUUGUGUCCUUUUUAUGUUCUUUCAGGCCUCAAACAAAAUAAGGACUAUGCUACUCUGAACAUUGUCAGAAUGUUCAGCUUGAUACAAUUUCUGUGUUUUCUUACAGUAAACUGAGCACUAAUACAAGUAUUAAUGCUUCCAACUUCACAAAAUUUAUGACCUUUGAAAGUAUUAGCUGCAUUUGACAACUGAGAAAACAGGCACAGCAAGAUCUAACAACUUGCUUAAGGUCACCCAGAUACUGUGGGAAUGAAAACCUGAUUCUUUCACAUAGGCCUCAACACAAGGCAGUCUCUCCCUCUCUUAUGGCUGUUCUAAGAUUUUUUAAGAUGUGCAAAUGUGUUCAGUGCCAUGUCAGUCUGGACACAUGGCAGUAGAAUGAUUUUGCUUCUGAUCCCUAGAAGGUUCUGAUGGCUUCUUUUCACCACUCUGCUGCAGUGAUUCAGAUCCUUCUGAGAUCAUGUACCUCAAUGGAGCAAAUCAGAGGACUAGUGACUACUUCUUUGUACUGGAUAAUUUCAAGUGGUAUGGAUUCCCUCAUACAGCUCAUUUUUUCCAGCUGCACACAGGGUAGAUAAUUUUAAGUAUGGUACAUCUUCAGCUAUCUCAAGUUCCCAUUCUGCUCCUGAAAUAGGUCUUUUUUGGUCUUCUGCAUCUUGUACAAUACCCCUACUCAGAAUUUAGAGUCCAUGAAGAAACCAGAAAAAUGUAUGAAUGUUUCUCUCCCUUCAGCCAGAUCCCGUGUCCUCCAUGCACUGCGUGAUUACUGCAUGUUUAUCACAAAACUUUAAAGGGGGAAAUAUGAUUUUUCAACUUUGUGUUUAAUAAGAUCUUCUUGCCUAUGAAUAUAUCUUUGCAAGGAUGGAUAAUUGUGCAUAAUUUUGGCAAAAAUGCUUGGCGUUACAAGAACAAUUAAUAUUUAUAAAUGCUAAAAUGUUUGGGACACUAAAAUUCUUCUGUCUUUGAAAAUCUUCAUGUCUGAAUAUUUUCCCAUUGUCUUCUCUUCUUUGUUCACAUCUGCAUGCCUUUUUUGUUUUCUUAACCUUGUACUUGAAUUUUUAUUUUUAUUUUUUUAUUCAGUCUCCUGUCUCUUGGGGCAUCUGUUCCCCACGUAAUAUUUUCAGUCAAACCACUGUAAUGAAUGUUGUAUUUUAACUUGGUAAUUACUUCUGUAAGCCAUUUAUAGAAUAUUUUAAUUGAUUUCUUUAACAAUGGGCCUUCUACCAAUUUGCAGAUCUGUUAAAAAAACCUCAUCACCAUCACUACCACUCCAGAAAAAAAAAAUCAAAGCAAAAACAACCCAAACCCAGAGAAGAUCUAAGAAUUAGAAAAGAUGCAGGCUAAGGACAGCAAUCCACCAGAUGGUGGCUAUGGAUGGGUUGUGGUAGUGUCAGCCUUCAUGGUGAUGGGCCUCACUGUUGCUGUCCUCAAGACUUUUGGUCUGUUCUUUGUUGAAAUCCAGCAGCACUUUGAUGAACUUGCAAGCACCACUUCCUGGAUCACAUCAGUAACUAUUGCCGUCUUUCAUUUAGGAGCCCCUGUUGCCAGUUCACUGUGUGUACAAUAUACCCAUCGGACAGUUGUGAUCACUGGAGGACUUCUGGCUUUUUCAGGAAUGGCAUUGGGAUUUUUUGGACUCAACAUGGUCUGGAUGUAUGCAACAACUGGCUUCCUACAGGGUCUUGGCAUUUCUUUUUCGUGGACACCAGCCAUUAGCAUUGUUAGCCACUAUUUCUCCAAGAAAAGGGCUUUGGCCAAUGCUAUUGCCAGUGCUGGAGAAUGUGCCUUUGCAUUUGUGUUUGGGCCAUUUUUCCAGUGGUUGAUUAGUCAAUAUGGAUGGAAAGGUGCACUCUUGAUCAUAGGUGGCAUCCAGCUGAAUAUUUGUGUUUGUGGAGUACUGAUGCGACCCCUGGCAAGCAGCUGCCUCCUUGAGGCCAGCCAUUAUGGAACCGAAACACCACCUGGCAAUGGUGCAUCUGGGAGAGACAAAGAAGAUAAGUCUCCCAUCAUGCACAAAACCUUAAACUGGAUGCUUGUGAAGCGACCAGAAUUUGUACUUUAUGCCAUUUUUGGUAUAUUAGCUGCUAUGAGCUUUUUUGUUCCUCCGUUAUUUUUAGUUCCACUUAGCUAUAGCCUGGGAAUAGACGAAUCAUGGACUGCAUCCCUCCUAUCCAUUUUGGCUAUGGUGGACUUUGGAGGCAGACUGCUGUGUGGCUGGUAUGCCAACCUCCAUGUUACCAAAACCAUUCAUUUGUUGGCGAUGACGAUUACAUUGAUCAGUACUUCCCUGAUGCUGUUGCCACUGGCUAACAGUUACCUUUCCUUGGCAAUAUUCACUGGCUUCUACGGAUUCUUCUUUGGUACAACAGUCGCCAUUCACAUUACAGUGCUGGCAGAUGUUGUCGGCAUGCCAGAAUUUGACAGCGCUCUAGGGCUUUUCAUGCUCAUUCGAAGUACUGGAGGUUUUGUGGGGCCUCCUUUUGCAGGUCUGAUUGUGGACAUGGCUGGAGAUUACAGAGCAAGCUUCUACAUGGCAGGAGCCACUCUCAUCCUAUCAGCUGGAUUUUUAAUUAUUUUAGAUCUACUCCAACAGAGAAAAAAAAGAGGAAGCAAGAUCAGAACUAAGCCAGAAAAGUCAACAUUACCCUACCCUUCCCUCCAUACCCUGAAACAUCAAACCAGAAGAGGGCAGGAUGCAGAAGAAAAUGAGAAGUUGUCUCCGUGCCCCUUUCAUGCUAAUUAAUGCAUUCAGAAGCUGUACUGAAAGG